AUGAUUUUGAGUUUCCUCAUCGCAAUAUGGGCCAUAUGUGGAACUGCUGGCGCAGCUCCUCAAUAUGGUUCGAUCGAGUCUACCGUCACUGUCUACGCCUCUUGUUCUGAAACUCCUGCUCCAUUUCCAACUGCUGUAGCCAGCAAUCGUAUGGCACAAGUUUCUGCAGAUACGUCUCGCCCUCUCUAUGUCACACCUACCGUUUCCACCCAUUCUUCAGUGGGAUUUUCGAAAUCAACAUGGGAUAUCGAAACUUCUCAAUCAUCCAAAUUUCCUGAAUCUUCCGAGACCGCCGCUGAAGCAAGACAAACCCCUCGGCCAUCCAGUGACGUCUUUUUCUUCAUAGUCGACAAAGGUACAACUAGCUGGUUGAAUGGACAAACGCCAACUAGCGCUCCAAGUCAAUCUUUCGUUGUCAUUACGAGUGCUAUAACUGUGGUUCCCUUAUCAAUUUCACCUCCUCCCGUAUCUACAUUGACCUCUAGCAGUGAAGUUGUGAUUAUAUCCACCGCAACCGUUGUACCUCUUUCAACUACCCCAUCUCCGGCUCCCUCGGCUCCAUAUGUUUCGACGAAAUCCUCCAACAGUGAGUCUGUGAUUAUAUCAACAGCUACGGUAGUCCCCUCGUCAACUCUGCCAUCGCCGCAAUCAUCUUUAAUGAUAACCAAUACUAAAUCAGUAUCUACCAGUGAGCCUGUUAUUUUGUCAACAGAAACGACUACUCCUUUAUCGACUACCUCCCCAUCACCUUCAUCGGUCAAAAGUCAGCCGGCGUCUAGCAGUAAUGUUGUAUUUACAUUAACCACCACAAAAACAACUUUUGUUCCCUUCUCAACUCAACUUCCAACAGCGACCGUUAGUAGUAGACCUAACGUUACAUCAACCGGCGCAAUUGUUUCUUCGCAGUCCAGUACAAAUUACGCAUCUUCCAAUGGAACGAUUAUUUCCAGUACUUCCACAUUUGCAUCGGUAACCCUUCAAAAUACAGUUGUUUCUACCUCGACAAUAGCUUUCAACCUCUCUUCUAUGGCUAGUAAUCUUUCUACCAUUACAACCACAAAUUCAAAAUUGUCUUCUGUCUCAAGCUUCAGCACAUCCAGACCUAAAGCCUCCGAGAGCAGUAUUAAACCAGUUACCUCAGCUCCGUUGUUUGUUCUACCAAGUAGUGUUGAGAUCUCAACAUCACUGAAUGCUAACUCUAGCUCGAAGUCAGUCUCGAUACUUGCCACUCAUACCGUCUUCACUCCUAUAUCUGUUGUCUCUCAAUCAGCUUCAGGUAGAAUAUUUACCGGUAUUGCCUCUAAGGCUGGUGGAUGGAACUCAACGUCGCAAACAGCAUUAGAGUCGUCGUUCAAGACAUCUACGUCCGCUACAGUUGGGUCUCUGACUACUUUGACUGCACCAGGAAGAUCCCAAGCCAACACUCAAACUUCCAGUCAUGUUUCUGCCACUCUGACUACUUCGGACUCUUCAUUUUCGAUGCCGACGUCAACCUCCAGCUCGAUUUCUUUAUCUAAGGAUACUUCAUUUUCUACAGAUACUUCAACCUCUGGCUCGACUUCAACGUCUGGCUCGAUCUCAAUUUCCGGCUUUAAUACAACAUCUUACACCUCAUCACUUUCCAAGUCUACUUCAGCCUCAAUUUUGACUCCAGUAUUCAAUGCCACUUCAACAUCCCAAUCGAUACCAUCAUCUACAGCCGCGUCAAUAUCCAGUUUCAUUUCGGUGGUUAAAGGACCAAGUUCCGUCACUUUCUUCAAUUCAACAUCCUCUACGUCCACUAGUAUCAUAUCCUCAGCCACACCUACAAACUGCGGAGAGCGCGGAGACUUUGUAUUGACCUUCGAUGACGUCCCACCACUAUCCGUCUCCAACGCAAGCGACACUAACGUCCAGCCCGAACCACUAUUCAAUCCAUACCACCAAUUUCUCUUCUCCGACGGAUUCACCGUCGUCCCAUCCCCAAAACUUCACCCCUUCCUCCCAUCUUCAAAACCACUCCUCCUCGAAUUCAUCCCCAACUUCGAAGCCAAUUCCUCAAAUAGACAAACGGGUCCUAACGCUGCAGACCACGGUUUCUCAGGCCAAAUAGGAAGUGGCGAUGAAGGACUCACUAGAUGUUUUGAUUUCAAUCUCUACGGAGCAUCGCUCGGUUGUGAUUCCAUGGGACCUGCAUGUGAUUUCACAUUUACGGGAUAUAAGUACAACGUGGUUUCUAAAAUGUCUUCGCAAGUAACUCAACAAGUUAUCAAUGUUCCAGCGUGUCCUGAACUUUCGAAUUGUGUUUUGACGACUGUGGAUUUAGAACCGAGUUUUAGGGAUUUGACGUAUUUUCUCAUGAAUGUGACGGUGGCUGGUAAACCGAAACUUUGGUGGAUGGAUGAUCUUCGCUUGGGGUGGUCGGAUGACAGUUGUGAUGUGGGGGUUUGUCGUCAGAAUGCUCAUGUGCGUUAG